AAGCCGGACGGCGUUUCUUCCCAUCACGCAGGCAGCGGGAGGGGGAGGAUGUGGAUGCCAGGGGAGGAUUAGAACAGCAGCAGGCACUAGCUGAGGGGCUUUAGGGCAAAUAAGAGGUAGUCCAUGAAGACAGACCCUCAUUGAGAUGAUUCACAUCACAGAGCUGAAAGCCAUAUUGCCUUCCAUCAUCAAAAAGAGAUACCCAGACUGCAGGAUGGAGGAGGAAUGACACAGUCUUUUGCAGCGGGGGAUGACACGCUGACAGUCAGUUUUGAGAAAAUGCCGGGCUUCUUCGCAUACAUCUUGGUGGUGCUGCUGCCUCUUGUUGCUUCUUUCACCCCCGGGGCCUUAUUGGUGGACACAGACGGAAACCUAACAGAAAAUAGCAACGUCACAGAUGGUGGAUAUGUCCCUGCUUUGUUCAGUAAAGUGAGUCAGAUCAUUGCCCGCGAGGGGACCUGUGCACUGAUUGAUUGCAACAUCACCGGAGACCCAGCUCCCAGCGUUCAGUGGUUCAACUCCCAUGGGGAGCUCCUGGACACAUCAAAUGGUGGGAAGUGGUGUCUGCAGGACAGCGGGGUCCUCAACAUCACCAGCAUCAAGUUUGCAGACCGCGGGAAGUACACCUGCAUGGCUUCCAACGUUCACGGCAGCUCCAAUUGCACCGUGACGCUGCGCGUGGUCUUCACCAGCGGCGACAUGGGCGUGUACUACAUGGUGGUGUGUUUGGUCACCUUCACCAUCAUCAUGAUCCUGAAUGUCACACGCCUCUGCAUGAUGAGCAGUCAUUUGAAGAAAACGGAGAAGGUGAUCAACGAAUUCUUCCGAACCGAAGGUGCCGAGAAGCUGCAGAAGGCCUUUGAGAUUGCCAAGAGGAUCCCCAUCAUCACCUCUGCCAAGACGCUGGAGCUCGCCAAAGUGACACAGUUCAAGACCAUGGAGUUUGCGCGAUACAUCGAGGAGCUGGCACGCAGCAUCCCCCUGCCGCCACUCAUCAUGAACUGCCGCACCUUUAUGGAGGAGAUCCUGGAGGUUGUGGGAGUGGAGGAGAUGAGACACACCUUCAUCAGGCACGCCCCAGAGUGGCGCCGUGAGGCGGCCGGCAGGUUUGCUUCAAUCGCUUCGCGGGACGUCUUCACCCUCUUGCAGUUGAGGGACAGGGAGCGCAGCGAGUCCCCCACCGCCGAUUCAGACAACUCCUCCAUUCAUGAGCAGCCGCAGCACAUCGCCAUCCAGGCGUCCGUACACCCACCUCUCGCUGUCACAGACUACAGCAGCAUCGAGGCCCAAACCCAGCCUGAGUCCUCACCACCUUCUCCUCCUUCCUCCCCUCCACCCCCGUCUCCUCCUCCAUUGGAGGAACAGAGUGAGACAGUGGAAGACAUGAUCCCCAAACAGGCUGAACCGAGGGCGCAUAACACUCCGCCCUGCCAGGUUUUCUAUGAGAGCCAUGUGUGACGGAGUGAUGAGCAGCCAUCUUUACCCUCUAUGCAUUUUCACUUGAAAACAAAAAUAUAUUUAAUUUUGGAGAAAACGAUCCCCUUUUAUUUGUCUUUUCUGAAACCCUUCCAAUCUUUUCUAGAUUGAUCCGCUCAGUCUUAAAACUUUUUCAGGCACUUGUUUUCUCACUCUGGACCUGAAUGUAAAUGGGAGGAGCCAAGCGGAUUAUCGGUGUAGUGAGUAGAGAUUGUAUGUGCCCAAAGCGAACCCUGGCACCUGAGAGGUGGGCUGGUCUGUUUCUGUUAAAGAGGCAAGAAAAUGAUUUCCUUAGUUUGAGGGUUUUUGUGUUUUUCUUUACAAAUACGCCCCAGCUUGGUUUCCUUCAUUCAAGAUUCACAUCCAGCUCCUGUCAUGACGUCUCUGCUGCUGUUUAUACGCUGCGUUCACGUACAGGUGCAUGCUGGGGCCAGAAUCAACGAAAGGUCACAUGAUUGUACAAUCCUAAACAAGCAAAGCGAGCUAGUGAGUGCAAUGCAUUUCCUUAAUAGACAUUUUUAGGUUGAUGUGUUUUUCUUUAAGAUAGUUAAUAUUAUUAAUACCUAGUGUGACGUGCUUUUGUUUCUCAGUAGUUACUUUUUCUAGUUUUGUUUUCUUGGAUGUUUUGUGGUUUAAAUCCGACUGGUGCCCUGAUCCGAGCAUUGUCCUGCUUCCGCUGGGGUUUCACAGUUGGCUGCAUUCUGCCUGCAUGUGCGAGUGUACUCUAAAGGUGUCGUACGUCUUUCUCUGAAUCUCUAAACCUACUGUGCUGCUUCCUGUUGCUUUGGCUCAAAGUCCAGUCUGUGGCAGAGAAGAGCUGGAUGCUGUUCUGCUUUCACUGCUGCUUUUUUUGUAGUUGAAUAAAAGAAAAUUGCUGUGCUUUAAGAGAAA